UUGAUCAAGGUUCUGUUAUUUUAUAGCUUUCGACUCUCGGAAACCCAAACCCUAACCAAGCCGCUAUCAUUCUUCCAUUUCCACUUCGCUAUCGUCUGAGUCACGGAUUGGCCUCUCGCCUUUCUUUUCGAGGGACGGAGGAAGGCCGUUCGUAUCCAGUGAUUUUCGCAUCUUCCCGUUAAACCCUACCAAACAGUCUCAGUAUAUUGGCCGCCCCCCAGGAGACCUAACCACUCCCUUUUCCUCUCAGCACCAGUCCUCUGAUUUCCUCCAAGGUCUCCAUAACUCGACGGCUCAACUUCUGCUGAAGAACGUUCUGGAUCUCUUUAACGUUCUUGCUUCUCUCUAUCGUUGUCUCUCGUAAACCCUAGUCCCCUUUACUUUCUAUAAAAAUGAUAUUAUUUAAGUACGAUAUCUGACUGUACAUUGGAAGCGCUUUUUAAGCGGAUAACUUCUACACGAGCUUGGAACCCAAAAUGGGGUUUGAUAAUGAAUGCAUAUUGAAUAUACAGUCUUUACCUGGUGAAUAUUUCUGUCCUGUAUGUCGCACUCUAAUUUUUCCGAAUGAAGCUCUUCAGUCACAGUGCACUCAUCUCUAUUGCAAGCCCUGCUUGGCCUAUGUUGUUGCUACAACGCAUGCUUGCCCAUAUGAUGGCUACUUGGUUACUGAAGCGGACUCUAAGCCUCUCUUAGAAUCAAACAAGUCACUUGCUGAGACGAUAGGCAAAGUUCAAGUUUAUUGUCUCUAUCAUAGAAGUGGGUGCCAGUGGCAGGGGACACUGUCUGAUUGCAUUAAUCACUGUGCUGGAUGUAGUUAUGGAAAUUCUCCUGUUGUCUGCAAUAGAUGUGGAACUCAAAUUGUACAUCGUCAAGUUCAAGAGCAUGCUCAAACAUGCCCGGGCUUGCAGCCUCAAGGGCAACAAGUAGAGAAUGCUCAGGCUCAUGCCUUGCCUGCAUCAAACCAAGAUGUCACACAGGAUUCCUCUGCUGCCGCUUCGGCUGUGACAGCAACAUCUUCUACAGCUGCUGUGACAACAGUCCCAUCUACUUCAGCUGCUGGGACAACAUUAUCAAUGUCAGCUGCCCCUGCUGUUGCUACAGCUGCCAAUGUUCAGGCUCAAAACCAAGCAUUAACUGUUGCUUACCCGCAAGCUGGCAUGCAAGCUCCUACAGCAGAGCAGUGGUAUCGCCAACAACAGCUUCAAUAUCAACAAUAUUAUCAGCAAUAUCCUGGAUAUGACCCAUAUCAGCAGCAAUACCAACAGUAUGGCCAGUAUCAGCAGUACCUACAAACUCAUAUGCAGGUUGCUCCACAACAGGUAAUUCAAGGUCAGCCACUGGCUCAGCCAUAUGUGCAGUCCCAAUCACAUGUUCAGCCUCUUCCACAGCCGCAUACUCUACCUCAAGCACAAUCCCAGGCCCAAGUUACCCAGCUUCAUCCCCAGCAACAACAGGUUCCCCAGCCCCAGCCCCAGCCCCCCCCAGCCCCAUCCCCAACUUCCUGCCCUUCCACAGCCCCAGACUCAGCCCCAGCCUAUGCCCCAACCACAUGCUCAUCCUCAAGCACAACUUCAAGCUCAAGCCCUUUCACGCUCUCAGUUUCCUCAAACUCAGCAAGUUCCUGUUCAGCAACCUCAUCAGCAGUUACCGCCACAAAUUACACCACAGGCCACUCAGCUCAUAGUGCCUGCUGGGCAACCCCAUUAUCCACAACUGCAUCCAUAUCCACAGGCUCAGCAGCAUCAACCGUCUGUUCUUCCACAGCAGCUUCCUCAACCACCUCUGCAACAAUUACAACACCUGCAAAGUCAGCCACAUCCAGCACCACUGCCUCCGGCACAAUCAUACAACCAGCCCCAGCCUCAAUUUCAACAACCACAUAUGCAGCAACCUCGCCCUCUUCCCCAGCCCAGCCCCAGCCCCAGCUCCAAUCUCAGCCCCUGCCCCAGCCUCAAUCCCAGCCCCAGCCUCAGCCUCAUCAAGCUCAGAAUCCAUCUGUUCACGGGGUUACAGGGCAUCAAUCUUAUCCUCAGUCCCAGCCACUCCAGCAAAUACCUCAUGGUGUACCACAGCAACGGCCUAUGAAUCCCCAGCAGCCUGUUGUGCCUCAACAAACUUCUCAAAAUCAGUUCCACAGUCAUCAAGCCCAACAAAUGAGGCCCCCACAGACUCAUAUGCCUUUGCAAACACAGCAAUACCCUGCUAUGCAACCUCAUGCACAAGCUCCAUAUCCAGGUGCUGCAUCGCAGCCACUAGCUCAGCACUUGGCCCAUCAGCCUGGUCAACAGAUGCAUCCGACAGUGAGUGCUCAAGUGCUUCCGCAGCAGCAACUUUUGCCUCAACAGCAAGCACCCGGCCACUUUCCAUCUGCACAGAUGCUUCAACAGGGUGGAUUUCCAUCACAACAACCUUCACAUUCUCAGCAUUCUCAGCAUUCUUUAAGAUCACAGGUUCAGCCAUACAUGCAACCUCCAUCCCAAGGACGGGCUAUGGCACCAAACCAACCACUGCCGCCGCAAGUUCAACAUUCUUCUGCAAAACCAUUUCAGUCUGGCAUGAAUCAACACUCACCUGAUCAUAAUCAUUCGGCCAGACAACAUGGAUCCAUCAACCAAUCUCAAUUACAUUCUGGUAGCCAGGGCUCAUUGAUUUCUGUUGCCUCUCGUUCUGGCAUAGAUGCUAACCAAGUAUCUGCAGUUGGAUCAGACAUGAAGUCAGCUGCGCUUGAAAAACCUGUUGAUUCUAUAUUAGAUAAGGCCAGCCAAGGGAAACGAUCGGAGGCUGAAACAGCCACAGGAAAUGCAGGUGGAUAUGAAACUUCUAGAUCCUCUGAGCUUGCUAUUUCUAAGCCUGAUAGUGACUCCAAAUCCUUCGCUGAGGGGUCGACACCUAUUGAUGUUAAUGAGAACUCCGAAACGGAGGAGAAGGAUGGUUUGAUACCGAAGAAUUUAAGAGGGGCAGAUUUCCAGGAUGGAACAGAAGAAUCUAACUCUUAUAAAAAUAUUGAAGGAGCGAAAGAAGAUAACCGGACUGAGGGAAAGCAAAACACUAAACAAUUGAUUGAAGGAGUCACCACUGAUUCCGCAUUAGAUGGUCCUAAUGUAGCUCAGCCCCUGCUAGGGAACACCAAACAAAUGGAGAAAUUGGAUCAAUCUUCUGGGAGUAGAAGCCAAACUGCUGGAAAUACUGCUAGUAGCAUUCAGACUGCUCAUUCAAUGCCCCAGGGGCAGCAGCAGCAUGAUGUGGAAGCGCAUGAAAAAGCAUUCCCGCCAUCUGGGUAUUAUGAUAAAGGUAUAUCCCAAUUUCCUCCACUUCAAGCAGGGGCAGCUGGCCUCCGUGGAAUAUCUCCAGCUGGUCCUGUACUUGUUCACGAGAGAUAUCCUCCACAGAAUAUUCCUCAUGGUCACCCUCCCAACUUAGAUGCAGCAAUGGUGUCCCAAAGACCUUCUGGACCCGAUGGAAUGUUUUCACAAAACAUGCCUCAUGUUUUACCCAGUCAAGAGAGGAGGUUCCAGGAACCUUUUCCCCAUACUAUUCCUGUGCACGGCCAACCAACAGUACCUGGGCAGCCAAGGCCACCUGGAUAUUCAGAAAAUUUUCCUUACCCGGUUCAGACCCCAGCUAUGGCAGAAUCUUUUCUACCGCCGGCAGCAAAACAACCAUAUAGCUCUAACAUUCCUCCAUCAAAUUCAGAGGAAAUUAAUUUAUUUCCUAUGCGAAGCCAAAGCCAUGCGCCUCAACCUAAUGCUAUUGCUCCAGGGGCUGCUCAAAUUGAUCCAUUUGCACGUUCAGUUAUGGGUGGGCCUCCACCUAGAGCAUUUGAUGCAGCAAGUGGCGUGCUGACGAGGGGCUCUCACUUUGGUUUUGAAGAUCGAGCUGGUCGGUCUGGUCCAGUAAACUUGAUGGAAGGGCCAGGAUAUUAUGAUGGCAGACGGUCAGAGUCCCAUAGACCGUUACCUGGUGAAAAUGCUCCUUUUGGACAGCAGACUGUUAUGCUUCCAAACAUGAUGAAAAUGAAUGGUUUGUCAGGUAUGGGGCCUGCUGGUGUCAUGCAUGAUUCAGCAUUUUCACAUGGUGUGUCGGAUGAUAGAUUUCGACCACCAGCUGGAGAAGGGUUUAACUUAUUGCCUGACGAGGGUUUGAGAGCUUCUGAACAUGAUAAAUUUAGGCCAAUGAUGGAUUCUGGCCGGACCACUGCAAUCCACAGGGAUUUUGAGGAAGACUUGAAACAAUUCCCUAGGCCUAGUCAUUUGGAUGCUGAUGGGUCACAUAGAUUUAAUAUGUAUGGGCCUGGUAGCAGGCCAGUAGAAAGGGGUCAACAUUUUGUACCUGAUGGUGGACCUAGGCCAUUUGAUAGAGCGUCAGUGGGUUCAUUUCCCCCACUUCCAUUGGGUGGUCGAUUUCCUCCUAGUAGUGCUGGUUUAGAAUUUGGACCAUUGGAGAUUUCAGAUAGACAAAGGGGUCCUGUUUUCCAUGAUGAUUUGGGUGGGAAGCAUGAAUCAUUUUCUGAGCGUCUCAGGCCUUUUCCUGAAUUUGGUCGUCCUCAUAUUGAUAAUUUUCCUGGUAUGAGAAGCCCAGGUAUUCCAGAUGGCCCAGGGAAUUUCCUUGCGGAGCCUGGUCUUUUUAGGAAGGAAAUAGAUGCUUUUGAUGGCUCUCACAAUCGUUUGCGUGCUUCUGAACAUGUUGGCCAUGGAUUGGCAAAUAAUAUUAGAGGUGGUGAACCUUAUGGUGGUUGGAAUUUGCCUAGCCAUCUGAGGCUCAAUGAUUCAGCUGGUCAUGCUCCACUUCGUGGCAGCGAGUCAAUUGGAUUUGGUGGAUAUGGUCGAAUUCCAAUUGGGGAUUCAGGACUUUCUAAUAGCUAUCCUGUUCAUGAUUCGGUUUCUCUACAUGGUGAUGUUGAUUCUUUUGAGCAUUUAAGGAAGAGGAAGCACGGAAGCAUGGGGUGGUGCCGCUUAUGCAAGAUUGACUGUGAAACAGUUGAGGGUUUGGAGGUGCACUCGCAGACAAAGGAUCAUCAGAAUAUGGCAAUGGAGAUAGUUCUUAACAUCAAGAAAGAGAAUGCAAAGAAACACAAAUUAACCUCCGAGGAGACAGAUGACAAAAAUAAGUCAAGAAAGGCGAGCUUUGAAAACCGUGGGGGUAGACGUUGAAAUCAUGGCUGCUGCUUAAACUUUCUGAAGUUUUUGGCCUUGAAGUUUCUGCAACAAGUUUGGUUUUGGUAAUAUCUACUAUUGCAAAGAGAUAUCUAAUCUGCUUUGCUUUAACUUUCCUGUCACUUUGCUGCGCGAACAUUUCUUAAGAUUCUACCUAUUUUGCUUCCUUUGAGUGCAGCUUUAAAUGGAUGAUGUUAUGAUAUUUUAAUGCGUUGGAGAUUGUAGUUCUCUUGACCCAAAAUUUUCAUACUUAUAUAACGGGAGGAAGUGAAGUCCUGCUAACUCCAAAUUUCUCAUACUGUGGUUCUUCUGGAGAAUGAUGGUUUGAAUUUAGUUUUGUUCAUAUUACCUACUUUUUUGUUGAUUUGUUGCUAUUAUUCAUGUCUAUGUGGUCCGGGUUAUUUAUUUGCUUUUUAUUACUCAGAAGUUACAAAGUAGCACCACAUUUGGUGCUGGUAUUUUUAUGUAUGGACUGGUUCUUGAUAUUAGUUGCUUUUUCUCAUCUUUGGAGAUAGGAUAUGCGUUGCAGGGCGAUAAACCUUGCUCGAUAAAGGUCCUUCACACCUUUUUUGAUUCCAUAGGAAUAUUUAGUAUGCAACUUACGAGGGUAAUCUCUCAAGAUAAUCUUGAUGAGAACAAAAUAGUGAAUUAUUAGGAGCCCAUGCACACUAUCCUUUACUAUUUAAUAGCAUUGUUUAAGAUGAUAAGUGUGAGAUAAGAUUGAUUGUUUAUGUAGGAGCCAUUGACAUGGAAGUUUUGCUGUGAGGGAGACUUAGAGGAUAUUGCCCCUAUUAAGAAAUAAAUGUUUAUGAUUCAUCUAACGUUUUAGUUUAGCAUCUUUCAAUAAUGAAUAUAAUUUUCAACUUGGCCACCUUGUUAGAGCUACAGGUUAAUGGGGCAUGCUGUUGAAAUAGCCCUUUUUUGUCUUAUUAUAGUGCGGAUAUCUUUAGCACUAUUUGAGUUUUGGAAACCUUUUUCACGCUCCUUUAAUUUUUCUUUUAAUCAUUAUUUUGCCUGAUGUGGUUUUAAUUGAGCUUGACUGCAUUUUGUGAGCUUAGAGGAUUUAUACGCAUAACCUUGUCUAAGAGCUGGAAUAACUUAGUUUUGAUGCUAUUGAGAAACUAAAAUUAAAAAUAGGUUGACCUUUUUAAGCAACUUGCCUAGCAAAACCUUUUAUUAUACUCAUAUAACUACCGAUACACCUCAUAACAAAUGUAUAGGGAUGAAAAUGCUUAGCCAUUCAAAUCAGAUGCUUAACACUUGUUUAGUUAAUAUUUUGUAGCUCUUAUUGAAAUAUUUGUUGAAGACCGAAUGAACACAUUGAUUGACUAAAAUAAAACUUUAGGUAUUAGAUAUGUAAGUACAUAAGAGAUUAAGAAUUGUGUGGUAUGCAUGUAAAAGUACCAUUCAUUUUUCUGAGGGGCCUUGAAUACAUCAAUUUAUUCAUUUUUGUUGUAUUUGAAAUUCAUUGUAGUUGGGCGAAUUUCGUAUCCAUUGCACCAUGUGAACUCCCCUGCUAAGGCCUCCAUCAAACGUGGGCGGCGACUUUUUUGGGUUACAUGACCUCCAAUGCGAACUCAUGGCUAACACCAGCUUUUGAUGUUGACUUUAGUGUUUUGACCAUGAAGUUUUUGAUGCUGACUUUUUAAUUUUUAUGUGGUCUUUAAAUGGUGGCUUAAUCACAUUGUUGUUGACUUCAUCACAAAUGGCUUCCUCUUCAACCUCUCAACAUCAGAUGGGGCUAUCAACCUUUCCUUUGACUUUGUUGUUCCAAGCUUGGUAUCUAUUAUGACUUCCACUCGGAUCUCUAGCAUUAACCUCAAUUUGUGACCUAAAAGAAUCUUUAAAAUUUCUUUUAUACACUUUGUAGUGAUCCAAACAUAAAAAAUGUAAUACUGAAAUUACUUUAUAGCAAACCAAGCACCAAAUAGUAUUUUAAAUGUAUUGAUUUUAUUUUACAUAUGUUUAGAACAUGCUUGAAUUCUAAAUUCUUUGAACCAGACAUAUCCUUACUCUUGAACUAAGAUGUAAAUGUUAUUUUUAUUUUGAGUGUUUAAUAGGCUAAAUAUUUCUUUUAUAAAUACUAACAACUCGUCAUGGAAGUCGGUUUGGUGGACGUGUUAUUGGUGAAGUGUGCAAUAUUGGGAGAACUAUUAGCAUGGUCGGUGGGAAGUGAUUCUUUUCUAGAUUGCUAAUCAAAGU